UUGGCCAAUCUCUUCUCCCAGGGAAAAAAAAAAGUAAAUCAAACCUUUGAGAAGCAUUUGCUGGUUGAAGUGCUUUCUGUCUAGUAAGGGGGGGGGGGUCUGUGGAUUUCUAGUUUAUGAUAAAUAGGACUUUAAAAACCAGGGACAGGAGGGCGAGUGUUAAGGUUCUAGAGCUAUGCAGCUGGAGCACUGCCUUUCUCCUUCUAUCAUGCUCUCCAAGAAAUUUCUCAAUGUGAGCAGCAGCUACCCACAUUCAGGAGGAUCUGAGCUUGUCUUGCACGAUCAUCCCAUUAUCUCGACCACUGACAACCUGGAGAGAAGUUCACCUUUGAAAAAAAUUACCAGGGGGAUGACGAACCAGUCAGAUACAGACAAUUUUCCUGACUCCAAGGACUCACCAGGGGACGUCCAGAGAAGUAAACUCUCUCCUGUCUUGGACGGGGUCUCUGAGCUUCGUCACAGUUUCGAUGGCUCUGCUGCAGAUCGCUACCUCCUCUCUCAGUCCAGCCAGCCACAAUCUGCGGCCACUGCUCCCAGUGCCAUGUUCCCGUACCCCGGCCAGCAUGGACCAGCGCACCCCGCCUUCUCCAUCGGCAGCCCUAGCCGCUACAUGGCCCACCACCCGGUCAUCACCAACGGAGCUUACAACAGCCUGCUGUCCAACUCCUCGCCGCAGGGUUACCCUGCGGCUGGCUACCCCUACCCACAGCAGUACGGCCACUCGUAUCAAGGAGCCCCGUUCUACCAGUUCUCUUCCACGCAGCCGGGGCUAGUGCCCGGCAAGGCUCAGGUAUACCUGUGCAACAGGCCCCUUUGGCUGAAAUUUCACCGGCACCAAACGGAGAUGAUCAUCACCAAGCAGGGAAGGCGCAUGUUUCCUUUUUUAAGUUUUAACAUUUCUGGUCUCGAUCCCACGGCUCAUUACAAUAUUUUUGUGGAUGUGAUUUUGGCGGAUCCCAAUCACUGGAGGUUUCAAGGAGGCAAAUGGGUUCCUUGCGGCAAAGCGGACACCAAUGUGCAAGGAAAUCGGGUCUAUAUGCAUCCUGAUUCCCCCAACACGGGGGCUCAUUGGAUGCGCCAAGAAAUUUCUUUUGGAAAAUUAAAACUUACAAAUAACAAAGGAGCUUCAAACAACAAUGGGCAGAUGGUGGUUUUACAGUCCUUGCACAAGUACCAGCCCCGCCUGCAUGUGGUUGAAGUGAACGAGGAUGGCACUGAGGACACCAGCCAGCCCGGCCGCGUUCAGACAUUCACAUUCCCCGAGACCCAAUUCAUCGCCGUCACCGCUUACCAAAACACAGAUAUUACACAACUGAAAAUAGACCACAACCCCUUUGCAAAAGGAUUUCGGGACAAUUAUGAUACGAUCUACACGGGCUGCGACAUGGACCGCCUGACCCCUUCGCCCAAUGACUCCCCACGCUCGCAGAUCGUGCCCGGGGCCCGCUACGCCAUGGCCGGCUCUUUCCUGCAGGACCAGUUUGUGAGCAACUACGCCAAGGCCCGCUUCCAUCCGGGCGCGGGCGCGGGCCCCGGGCCGGGGACGGACCGCAGCGUGCCGCACACCAACGGGCUGCUGUCGCCACAGCAGGCCGAGGACCCAGGCGCGCCUUCGCCGCAGCGCUGGUUCGUGACGCCGGCCAACAACCGGCUGGACUUUGCCGCCUCGGCCUACGACACCGCCACGGACUUCGCGGGCAACGCGGCCACGCUGCUGUCGUACGCUGCGGCCGGCGUCAAGGCGCUGCCACUGCAGGCCGCGGGCUGCACUGGCCGCCCGCUGGGCUACUACGCCGACCCGUCGGGCUGGGGCGCGCGGAGCCCCCCGCAGUACUGCGGCGCCAAGUCGGGCUCCGUGCUGCCCUGCUGGCCCAACAGCGCCGCGGCCGCCGCGCGCAUGGCCGGGGCCAACCCCUACCUGGGCGAGGAGGCCGAGGGCCUGGCUGCCGAGCGCUCGCCCCUGCCGCCCGGGGCCGCGGACGACGCCAAGCCCAAGGACCUGUCCGACUCCAGCUGGAUCGAGACGCCCUCCUCCAUCAAGUCCAUCGACUCGAGCGACUCGGGGAUUUAUGAGCAGGCCAAGCGGAGGCGGAUCUCGCCCGCCGACACGCCGGUGUCCGAGAGCUCAUCCCCGCUCAAGAGCGAGGUGCUGGCCCAGCGGGACUGCGAGAAGAACUGCGCCAAGGACAUAGGCGGCUACUACGGCUUCUACUCGCACAGCUAGGCCGCCCCGGCCGGCCGCCUGCCCCGCGCCCCGCGCGGCCCGGACCCCUGCCAGCCCCUCGCAGCUCUCCCCCGCCCCCGCCCCGCGCCCCGCACCCCGCGCCCCACCGUGAGCAUCCCCCAGGUUUGAUUUGACCCCUGACCGUCUUCAGCAAAUAAGGAUACGUCUCCCAGUGUGAUUUUAACUUUGUUUAUGGUUAUUAUUUUUAUUUUGCACAGCAGUUUCUGCAGUUAGCGCACCGACCUUCAACUUUGCUAUAAACCUUUUGGUUUUCCUACUUACUGUCCUCCAGUUCUAUUCCUAACAGCCCUCCCUCCCCUUCGUCUUUUUCUUGCCUCCUCCUUCUCCACCUCGGCCUCCUCCUCCUCCUCCUCCU